UGUUUUCUAACCUCCAAAGUCCAAAGUUUCUUAUAAGUAUUCUUGAAUAAUAGCUGUCAAUUCUUUUUUAAACUCAAUCCAAGUUUCUCUUCAGUAAUUUUAAUAUUUUCUUCCAGCGUAUUGUGAGGUUUCCGCUCUUGUAACUUUUAUUGAGAAGUGUCAGUUUGUUGUACCAUGGUGAAAGUUACAGUUUGUUUAGGGAGGCUCGAGAAUGCUCCAGUUCUCAGUUAUCGACGGUAACUGUGAAACAUUAACUUAUAAUCCGUCGCUGAGUAUGUAAAGCCUUCCCAACUUCAUCAUGGAUAAGUUAACUGUAAUAGCUGGCACUCUUUUUACAUUGGCAGACAUUUUUGCGAUAGUCAGCUUAGCCAUGCCAGAUUGGAUAAUCUCAGACGUUGGAGGAGAAACACGCCUAGGUCUUCUCUGGUCAUGUAUGACAGUCUACAAUCGACCUCAAAUAUGCUUUACACCAACAUUGCAGCCCGAAUGGCUCCUUGCUUUGAUCUGCAUUUUCCUUGGCUGUAUUUGUAUCACGACAACAAUAAUCUUGCUCACAUCAUCAUAUUGGGACAGAAAUGUUGUACCGUAUGCUAGAUGGGUAGGAUUCACUGCGUUGGUGUUAUUCUGCCUGGCAGCUGUGAUUUUUCCCAUGGGAUUCCACAUAGAUGAAAUUGGCGGUCAGCCAUAUCAGUUACCUAACAGUCAUCAAGUGGGAAUAUCGUACAUCCUCUUUGUCCUUUCCCUUUGGAUAAUUGUGAUAUCAGAGUUAUUUGCAGGCAAAGUAUGUUUACCUCACUUCUGAGCUCCACUCUUGAAUGCCUUUAAGUAGGCCAUUGUUAAAAGCGCUUGCAAUUCAAAAUUUUCAUAAAUUUUUUCAUACAACCUGUGAUCUCCUUUGUAAAAAGGUCAAUGAAUAUCUUAGCUAGAAACUUAUGACAUUCCAUGAAAUCUUUUUGGAAGUAUGCUUUCCUGCUGGUUUGCCUCGAGGUACAUUUUGUUAGGUUUUAAUUGCAAACAGUGUCCAAAAAUAAGCGGAAGAAAUAAAAAUUCACUCCCUCUAACUAGCUACAGUCCACUGAAUUCAACUGCGUGUGCAUGUUACCGUAUAAGAGUGAGUAAAGAGUGCAAAGUUGAGGACAAUGUAUUUUCGUUUCAUAGUCCUCCUCAUUGAGUUAGCAUAGAUCUGACCUUUCAAUUUCGUAAUUUGAGUUCCUCAUGUUGACAUUGUUAUUUGUAAAUUGUGCUGUUAUUUAAAUUAUAAGUAUAUCGAAAACGAAAUCAUUGUUUAUAGUUCAUUGCCAUCGUUGUAAAUAAUGUAUACAUGUAAAUAUUUUUAAGUGGGAACUGUUCUUUCUCUCUGGUUUUAGUGGUCAGACAGAGGUGUGUUAUAUAUUUUGUUUUCUUUCAUAAACACCUUGUAUGAUGGGCAAGUACUGUAAAUAGCCAAGUCCCUAUUGAUCAAAACUAAAAAAAAAUUAUAUGACCUUUUGUAAUCAA